AUGCCCAAGGACGAGUCGCCGGCGCAAAGCCCGAUCAUGGCCGUGGCCGAGUCGUCGUCUUCGGCGCCGCUUCCGAAGCGAACCGCGCCGACCGAAGCCGCGGAAUCUGCGCCCCGAAUGAAGCGUGGCAAGUAUACGUCGCUAGCAUGCAACGAGUGCAAACGGCGCAAGCUCAAGUGUCUGCCCACUGCCGACGGCGACAGUUGCGAGAGAUGCAUCAAUCGUAAACUCCUCUGCAUCUUUGCCGUCAAUUCCCCCAAGGGAGACAAGAAGCGAGACGAAGGAAAUCAGAUUCAGAUACUUGGCGAUGAGUUGGCGCAUGUCCGCCAGGAGCUCGCCAAUCUUUCACAGGCCGUCUUCGAGCUCCGCCAGCACCGCUCGCCGCAUGCUGCCGGCCUUAUCACCUCCGCUGGCACCGACCCGGUCUCGACCCGGUCGCCGUCCAGCGUCACUCGCGAUGCCGUCCCCAAGCAUCCUCAGUUUGUCGGCCCCACACGCGCCGCUUACGGCCUCAUGAUCGCCGAGCGCUCCCUCACGCGCAUGGGCAUCCCGGACUCGCCUUCAUCACCCUCUGGUAGCGGGCCUAGCUCGCCCGAGGCCCAACCCCCUCUGCCGCCAACACCGCAACAGCUCCAGAAGCACCAACAGCGGCAGUCUACGGACCUAGCCGUGCCCACGGCACCCCCCGACGUCGAGUUUUGGGCUCAAUGCACGCCAGCAGAGGCCGCCCGCCUCAUGGGCGUCUUUGAGGAAGAGGUCGAGUCCGUCUACCCUUAUAUUGACAUCCUCGAGCUGGCCGCACGCUCCGAGCAGAUUCUACGCAUCCUCCGUCAGCCGGAGCUGCUUGAAGAUGAGGCACUCGCCGGCUCCAGCACCGGCCGUCCGCUCACCGUCACCGACAUUGACCUCGCCAAGGUUGCCAUCGCCGUCGGUGUAGCAACCGAGGCCCGUGGUAAGAACGACUUGUGCGUUGCCAUUGCCGCCUCGAUAGAGCAGCACACGGCGCGCAUCUCCCAGACCGAGGUGUCGCUGCGCGGCAUCCAACUUCUCAUCUCUCUCAGCAUCUACUACUUUCACAGCGACGACGAGCUCCUUGCCUGGCGCACGAUUGGCGUCGCAGCCCGCGAGGCCCUGGAAAUGGGCCUCCAUCGCAAGAGAAGUCUCUACGACAACUUUUCUGAUCCUGCAUCACGUCAAAGGGCCCUCAGGGUGUUCUGCUGCUGUUACAUUCUCGAUCGGAGAUGGAGCUUUGGCACCAGCCUCUCCUUUGCCCUCGUUGACAGCGACAUUGACCCUUCCUUGAUGGAACUCGAGCUCGACUCGCCCUAUCUUAAGUGCAUGGUUGGGUAUGCUCGGCUGUGCUCUAAGCUGUGGGAAGCUAUCCCACCGUUUGGCUCGCCGAACCAGUCGAUCCCGCACGAGCUUGCCUAUGCGCUGGACGCGUCGGCGCAGGAGUGGCUCGACUCUAUCCCGCCGCACCUACAGAUGCGGCACUACCCGCGCGGUGCCGCGGCCAACGGUAACGGUGGCAACAACGGGGCUGGUGGUAGUGGUAACAACGCCGCUGGAGGCCCCUACACUUCGACCAUGCGGACGCAGCAACAGCAGCCGCGUGUGCUGCACCGGCUGCGUGCGCUGCUCUACCUCCGAGGCAACCUAACGCGCAUCUCCAUCUAUCAACAUCAUCUGAUCAGCCCGGCGGCGGUGGCGGCAGACCCGGAUCGCGCGCGCGUAGCCGUGGAUCUCGCACGCGACACGGUGCAAGUGCUGGUGCACCUACAUGCGACGUCGGACAUUUACUCGCGCCAACAAAACGCCUUUAACUACUUCCUGGCGAGCGCUUUCGCCGUCAUCUCGCUUGCGCUGUGCCACGCACCGCACCUCUUCGCCGCGCCGUGCACGCAGAGCUUCAUGGACGCCGCCGGUCUCGUCAAGGGCUUCAGUCGUCAUAGUAUGGCCAGCAAGCGCCUGUGGAAGAGCAUCCGUGGGCUGUCGCCGCGUCUUAAGAGCUUGGGUGUCGGCGCGAACACCAAAGAGCAGCAGCAGCAACAACAGCAACACCAACAGCAGCAACACCAACAUUCACAGCAGCAGCAAGUUGGUCCCGGUAGAGGAGCAGUCGCAACCGGCGUUGAUCCCGGCCAGGCGCGAUGGAGAGGACCUUAUGGACAAAUGUACAAUGCGGGCGACGCGCGGCAGCAGGUUUCGGGCGGGGGCCAACCAAGUCAGGCCGCGGGAGCGGAUAAUAUGUGGAAUUACAACGUCAACCCGGCGGCGCCUGGUGGCCAGGUGCUUAGCGGAAGCGGCAACGCGGAGCCGCUGCCAGGUAUGAACCCGGAUAUUCUCAGUCUGUUUGACUCGCUCGGCGACGACGCCAUGUUUAGCAGCGGCAGCUUCGACCCGAGCGUUUAUGGUGGGAUGGAGACGGAUGGUGAGGGCGGCGACAUUUCACGUCUUUUUCUUCAGGGACUCAUGUAA